AUGCAACAAGCCGAUUCUUCUCAACACCAACAGCAGCAACAACAACAGGCAAAUGGUGGCAUUGGCAGCUAUUCAGAUGCCACCAACAACCAGCAGCAACAGCAACAAACCUCCCUAGGUAAACGCACCACGGUAAGUGGUGGCCGUUUCGAUUUCGAGGAUGGUGGCACUUAUUGUGGCGGCUGGGAUGAGGGCAAAGCCCAUGGGCAUGGUGUCUGUACGGGGCCGAAACAUCAAGGUGCCUAUGCUGGCGCCUGGAAUUAUGGUUUUGAGGUUUCGGGUGCCUAUCUGUGGCCAAGCGGCUCUCAUUAUGAGGGUCAAUGGCAAAAUGGUCGACGCCAUGGUUUAGGUGUCGAACAGGUGGGCCGCACCAUAUAUCGCGGCGAAUGGUCCAAGGAGGGUCACAAGGGUCGUUAUGGUGUCCGUGAAAGUACGGUGUCAACGGCACGUUACGAAGGCACCUGGAAUCUGGGCUAUCAAGAUGGUUAUGGCUGUGAAACGUAUGCGGAUGGAGGUAAAUACCAAGGACAGUGGCAAGAGGGCAAACGACAUGGCUAUGGUAUACGAACCUCGGCUCCCUUUGGUCUGGCCUCACACCAUCGCCGCAAAGAUGUACACGCCUCAAUGGCCUCCUUGAGAAGUACCGACAAUGCUGGAGCCAGCGCCACAAAGGCCAGUGGUCGUGGCGAAGAGGUGCGGGGUGGUUUUGUGUUGACCGCACGAUCCGAUAAAACGCCACAAAGACGAAAUAGUUUAACGGAUAAAACGAAAAAGGGAUUCUUGUCGGGUCUUAAGAUGAGAAAACAACGCAGUACCGGUGAUUUGGCUACACGUGGCACUUUGGCCUCGGGCAGUAUACGUUCGACAAUGUCAACAGCCUCUUGGCUAAGUACAGGGUCAGAACAAUCGAAUUUAACUGCAAGAUCCAUCCACACGGAAUCAAAUGCCAGUUUUACCAUGGAAGAUGAUCAGCUGGAUCCGACCACGGUGGAAACCUAUAUGGGCGAAUGGAAAAAAGAUAGACGUUGCGGUUUUGGUGUGGCCGAACGCAGUGAUGGUCUCAAAUAUGAGGGCGAGUGGUACAACAACAUGAAACAUGGCUAUGGUGUGACCACCUUCCGUGAUGGCACCUUCGAAGAGGGCAAAUACAAGAACAACAUCCUGAUUACCAGUCAAAAGAAAAAGCAUUUGUUUAUAGCACGUUCAAGGAAAUUCCGUGAACGUAUUACCGCUUCGGUGGCCUCGGCCCAAAGGGCCUUGAAAAUGGCCAUGCAGCGUUCGGAUAUUGCGGUGUCGCGUACCGCCACGGCCAAUGCAAAGGCCCAGAGUGCUGAUGUUGCCGCGGAACAGGCCCGCAUCGAUUGUGACAUGGCUGUACAGAUGGCUCGUGAAUUUGCUCCGGACUUCAAGCCCACGGUUUUGGAGCGUUUCGAAAAGCUACGCUACCGUGAACGUUACAAGUCGCCGGCGUAUCAACCAGCUGCGGGAUCCGGCGAUCUUUUCGGUGGUCAUUCGGCUGCUCAGCGGGCAUUGUCGGCACAGAAGGCUCAACAGAAUGCCGAAUUUCCAGUACCCAGUUCAAUGUAUUCGCAACAGCUGCCCGUAUCGCCGCAAACCGAUUUGUCUUCGAUGGUCAAUCAGUCAUCCCAAAUGAGUGCCAUUAACACCAUCAAUCAGAUGUAUCACCAGCAACAGAGCAAUCCUCAAAUGAAUCCUGCAUAUCAAUAUCAGCCGCAACAGCCACCGGGAGGUGGUAGUACAAUGGGCGGUAGCCGAAUGAAUCUGAAUCAGAACUAUGCAUCGCAGAGUAAUUUGAGCAGUAGUGGCAGUCCGGCCAUGAAGCAGAUGCAAAUGGAGGCUACCAGUUUUCAGAAUGCCGAGGCCACACAUACAUUUACCAAUAUGCAGCAGCAACAACAGCAGCAACAAGCCCAGGCCCAAGCGCAACAACUGCAACGAAAUCAACUGAACCAAUCACAAACGAAUCUAGACUCGCCCAUGUAUAACCCUAGUCAAGCGCGACGACCCUCACAAAUGCUCUACCACCAGCAACAGCAGCAGCUAUUUCAACAAUCAUCCAUCGAUCAUUUCGAUCACUACAAACGACCACCCAGCCGAGAUUCAUCCAUUGAUCGGUAUGCUCGGGCCGCCAGUCGCCUCAGCGGUGGCAUUGCAUCGCGUCAAGCGUCUGUCGAUCGUCAAGCCACGGCCACAAAUAUCGGUACAGAUUCGAAUUCAGUAACUGGCAGCGGUUCGGCUGCUGGUGCGGAACGACCACGUGCCGGUUCAGUAUUUCGUGGUUCAACGCCGGCACCAUCGGCUGGCAAUACGCCAACGGGUAAUGGUUCAGUGCCAACGGGAACGGGACGUUUAUCGAGGGCCGGUACACCAAGCAUAGGUGCAACAAGUAGUGGCGCCGGUGCCAGUGGUUUGGAGCCAACGUUUUCGAAACCGAAUCAACCGUUUGAAGAUAUACUCCUGGUUAAGCGUACGCUGGGUCAGGAUAUCAUUCCCUCGCCCUCACAGCCGAAACGUACGGAGAGUCUGUAUAUGCCCGCCAAACCGGCAUCACCAUUGGCAGCGGCCGGUGGUGGUAAUGGCGCCGACAUUUGGAAACAAUUGCGUACCCACUCGAAAAAGACCUUAGUCACCCGCCGCCCACCACACUAA